UGGGGGGCUAGGAGAGUAGUUGGUCGCAGAACGCACCCUCCCCCCAUGAACUGGGGCUCGGGAACGCACCCGCCCCCAUGAGCAUCAGGGUGCGUCAUGCGGUUCGUGUAGCCAACUGCGUCGACGGCGGCCGCGUCGGGCGAGGUGGCGCCGCAGGCCGGGGCAGCUGCUUGGCGUUGCAACAUGUCGACUUCCACCGCCAGCUGCUUGCGCGGGCUGGGUGCUGGUGGUGCUGCUGGUGCUGGUGCUGCUGCCGUUGUUCUCUGAUGGCCUGAGAUGAUGGUUUGGACAGAGACGAGGAAGUCAACAGUCACGUUCUGCUUCACCUCCCUGGAUAUGUCCAAGCUGUGAGCUCCACCCUCUCCUCUAGCUGCUGACUAGAAGUACUGAGUACCUGGCACUAUGAGAGUGUCACAUCAGAGUGCCUGCACGAGUACUUGUGAGCUGUGAAAUGAGGAUUGGCCCCAGCAAGUCCUCCAGACUUUAGCUCCGGAGCGCCGACAGAGGCUGGGUGUGGCUGGCGUGGGCGAGGUGGGUGUGGUCGUGCGGGUUAAUGCUGGCAGCACGAUGCUUCUCGUACCUGGCCCUCGCCUGGAUGUACGUCAGAACCACCAUUCCGGUAUGGGAGAAGGACACGACCCUGGCCCUCUGGAUCAACCGAAAGGUGUCGUCGCGACCUGUCGCCGACCUGUGUCGCGACCUGGCAGAUGGGGUGAUCUUGUGUGGGCUCCUGGAUGCCCUGGUGCCCGGGACGUGCCCUAGACACGACCUUCUGCCCGUGGAUCAGCCCGCUGCCAACCUGUAUAUCGCCUCGAGGCUCGCCACUAAAUACCUCGGGGUCUCGCAGGACAUCAGCAGCAUCAGUGAUGGGACAAAGGGACGUGCUGCUCUGGUCCAGUUCCUCCGAGGAGUCAGAUAUGCUGCUCUCAGACGCCACGUCUUCGGGGGCCCACCUGUUACCCCCUACUCUAUCGCACAAACACUCGGCUGUCACCAGGUGAUCGCCCGGGGGAUGGGACUCCAGCUGGGGGUGGUGGGUCGGAGAGCGAGGUUCACCCUCUACCUCGCUGGGGCCACGGGGAUCGACCUGGUGGUGGAGGUCAAGAACGACCUGAAUGACUACUGCAGUCAUCGCAUUACUAGCCGUUCCCCCGCGAGGGUCGGCUACCUCUCCAAGGAUGCCCUUAAGGGACGCCACAACAUCCCGCUGGAGUACGAACUGGGGUCGUGCGAGGUCCGCGUGGCCUGGGUGCCUCUCCAGAUGUCUCGUCACUCCCUGGCCAUCAUCUGGCGAGGACAGCACAUCGUCGGCUCCCCUUACUGCGUCGUCGUCGACGAGUCUCUGGAACAUUCGCCCGGCCGCCAGUGCCAAAUCCUUCACUCCACCCAGGACAGUGACACUGAAUCUGAGAUUGGUAAUCCUGUCACCCCAGUCAGCAGAAGUAGGAGGGGAUCCCUACACAAGGAAGACACAACUGCUAUCUCCUAUAGGGCCAAGGCUGGUGCCCUCAGGUUCGUCAACAUCCUGCGUCGUCGCGUGGUGCGUCGAGUAGUCCACGUCGGGACUGAGGACGUCGUGCUGCAGGGCGAUGAGAGCAUCGGCCGCUCCCCGGAGGCACGUCAGGCUUUCCGGAAGAUGCGGACCAGUUCGUUCGAGAGCAAGGACGAGUAUCCGGACACUGGCUUCCCGCGGCUCGGCAUCUCUGCCCUCGCCGUCGGAAGAUCGUCUCGGCAUCCGGAUGUCCGAUCGUCUGAUUCUCCGCUUGAGCCAUUAGACGACGCGAUUCCCACGCUUACGGAGAGCAAACUGGAAGACUGUAGUCAGAUGUGUCAUUCAGAAGAAAGGACACAGGAAGAUUGCAGUCAGAUAUGUUAUGCAGAAGAGAGGACACAGGAAAAUUGCAGUCAGAUGUGCCAUGCAGAAGAGAGGACACAGGAAGAUUGUAAUCAGGUGUGUCAUGCAGAAGAGACUAAAGGAAGCAACGAAACCGGAAACACAGAAUCAUUUAAUACACCUGAUUACAUAAAUGACUUCUCGCAGAGAAAACGGGACACUAUAGGAAAUUUACAAAAUAAUGCCUCUGAUGAUUUAAUUUCAGAACUAGACAUACGAACCGAGAUCACCAGUUCUGAAGAUGUGUUGGACAUUGACCAAGAGGUACAUAUACAAAAUCUCAAAGAUUCUCAUACUGAUGAGAACUUGCAUGAUUUGCAAGACACACAAAUAUGUACAGCUGAUGGAGAAAAUAUUGAAGGAUUCCCUCCAAUCAGAUUGUACACCGAAAAGGAAGAAAACGGGAAACUAUUUGUUCCCGAAGUCAAUGGUCUAUACGAGAAAUCUUGGAGAAAGCCGGAUACAGUUAUAUCGACAUGUUUGAGGCCAAAUUCAACGGAUGAAGUUGAUGAUGCAUGCAGUAGCAUCAUGAACAUAUGCGACUUCAUCACAGACCACAAACCAAAGAAGGAAGCGCUGCGGACCGUUGAAGUAGCAUCAAGGAUAAUAGCCUACGGAUUCAGCGAAGAGUCUGAUUCUUCUUGUUCUCUAGCGAUGAAUGACGCCAAACCUCAACGUGUGUUUGGGGAAGAAAAUGCGACUUGGGUUCCAAGUGGUGAAGCAGACGGCGACGAACAACUUGAGGCACUGAUGGAUAAUCAAGGCAAUAGCUUGAGCAAUUAUUCUGUCGGCAGGGGCAUCCAGGACAAUGUUGACGGAGAAGGCGCCGACGUUUCCGAACCGAUGGAGAGCUGUGAAGGUUCGGAGCCGGGCGAAGAGCGCUUCGAGGAUGCGGAAGACGGCAGCCCCGAGCACUUCUUGACCCACACAAAGAGACCCUUGGUUAUCCCAAAGGUGGUCGUUCACGAGUCAAACGCAACACUUAUAGACAAUGAAACAGUAAACAGAUCAGUGUUAGUGCAAGCAGACGACGACGCUACUGUUGCCAUGGACUACCUUCAGACCAUCGACGAGGAAACUGAACCAAACUCAUUAGAUGAGAACAGAUGGGAGUCAGAGCUGAAGAAAUGUGAAGUCCUCCUUCAAGAGAGCUCAAAUGUAUCCGGUACGAGUGACACAAUGACUGACCCAGACGAAGUGCUGAGGAAGGUAGCACGCUCCCUGGAAAGAUAUGUAGAAAUAGCUGAAGUAGUCGAUGGUUUGCUGAGCAGAAGAGAAACAAAUUGCAAAUCAUCUGUGGAGGCAGAAGAAUCGUGCAAAUCUCUCGUUGAAGCUAUAGACCCACUUCACCGGCCAACAGAAAUAGCUGAAUCAGAUGAGGCCAACAUGGAAUCACCUGCAGGAAUGGAAGACCUGAAGCAGUUGACAACUGAAGGCAAUAACCCAUGGAGACUGCUUGGUCCUCACACAGAAGUGAGCGGACAAAGUGAUGAAACGGCAAAGUUCUCUCAAAUUUCAUCUGGAGAGUUAUGCUUCCCUGCAAAAGCAGCCAGUCCCAAGCUGGCUAAUGAACAGCCCCAACAGACCAGUGAGAACUUGCUACAUAUCACUGAAAAAAAGCUCGAGACCAUUCCAUGCCCUUCUGAAGGCUCACGUGAGGCCACUGAAACCCUACGUGAGACCAGUAAAGAGACCGCUAAUGACCUGUUUGGGACCACGGAAGUCCUACACGAGGCCAGUAAUCACCUACAUAAGACUGAUGAAAGUCUAUAUGAGACCAGUGGAAAUUUUGAAGAUCACCCAGAAAAUUCACCAGAAGGCAGAAUGUCUCAACACACAGUUAGAUCAAGGGAUCAUAUGGAGGUACUAAGAGUCAGCAAAGACCAUCUGGAAGUUGGAAGAGGCAGCAGGGACCAAUCUGAGGUCUCGAGAGGCAGCGGGGACCAAUCUGAGGUCUCGAGAGGCAGCAGGGACCACUCUGAGGUCUCGAGAGGCAGCGAGGACCAAUCUGAGGUCUCGAGAGGCAGCGAGGACCAAUCUGAGGUCUCGAGAGGCAGCGAGGACCAAUCUGAGGUCUCGAGAGGCAGCGAGGACCAAUCUGAGGUCUCGAGAGGUAGCGGGGACCAAUCUGAGGUCUCGAGAGGCAGCAAGGACCAAUCUGAGGCCUCGAGAGGCAGCGGGGACCAAUCUGAGGUCUCGAGAGGCAGCAAGGACCAAUCUGAGGCCUCGAGAGGUAGCAGGGACCAAUCUGAGGCCGAGAGAAGCAACAAGGAACAGCUGGAGAUGAGAAGAGACAUGGUGGAAGACGGGGAACUUAAGGACGCAGAUGAGAAUGAACAUAUCUUCCCAUGCACCCCAACGAAGGAAACUCGCCUCUACCACCAAUCACUGGGUGCACGACAUGCCAAGUGCUGCAGCUGGAACACCAUCUAUGAGGGAAGUGGGAAGCACUACAGUCCGUCAUAUGGGAUGCCCGUUGAAGCCUGUGGGUCGCCUGCCGGAGUGCCCUUUGAGACGUCUGGUUCAUCUGGUGGAUUGUCUCUGGAGACAAGUGUCAUUGGAGCUAACAAGUCCCUGGAAGCCCAUGACAAUCCUAAGCUAUGUAAACACGCAGCUAAUCCCAAAAGUUCUUUGAGUUCGUCUAGUCAGCCCCCGCCCCCAAUGACCGAAGGAGGUCAGCUUACUUCGUCUUCGGAAGUUGCGCGAACAGAUGUUUUGUUUGAGAAUGGAAUCUUAGAAUAUGAAAAUGCCAAAGAAUGUUACCUUGUCCCAUUCGAGAUUCAAAGUGAUAAUUCACUCGGCGCAGGAAGUAAAGCUAUCGGUCGCUCCAGAACCAACCUUUCCCCACCUGGCCCAGUGUCUGGAACAAACCUUUCCCCGCCUGGCCCAGUGUCUGGAACAAACCUUUCCACGCCUGGCCCAGUGUCUGGAAGAAACCUUUCCCUGCCUGGCCCAGUGUCUGGAACAAGCCUUUCCCCGCCUGGCCCAGUGUCUGGAACAAACCUUUCCACGCCUGGCCCAGUGUCUGGAACAAACCUUUCCCCGCCUGGCCCAGUGUCCAGGUUCAGGUCAAUGUUCGAAACGAGAUCCCUGGAAGAAAUCUCAUCCCUUCAGAGAGGUAAAACUUCAGGAAAGUCUGAAGACAAAUCACAGUACAGUGAUUAUAAGCCCCCAAGUACACUGCCAGUUGGCUUAGAAACCACGAGAGGCAUGAUUUCAGAAACCGAUACUGACGCUUCACACGAUCCACAAUCCACGAACAAGACGGAUAAAGCCAAAUCAGACCAAGAAAAUAAUGUGGCGAAGGAGAAGUUGACCAGAAAGCCUAUCCGCAUUCCAGUAAUAUCUCCAGAUAUGGCUCGCCUAAAUCAACUCAGAGUGGACUCUCCACCUGAUAAUACAGCUGGAGUGCCCCGCCAACCACAUCUUCAAUCGAUGGAACUUGCCGCACACAAAGGCAGAGUGAAAAGCUUAGUUAAGUUUAACAGGUUAUUAAGAUCGGUACAAGCCAAAGAGUCGCCUGUGAGAUGCGUGUCACCGACGCUACAAACGCUGCAGGAGAAGAUCCCCCUGCCAUCCAGUGCCUCAGGGAGCGAGGCAUUAGAAGCAAGUGCAUCGUGCAGCAGCUGCAGCGAGGCAUCAGACAUGAUCGCCCUCGAGGCGGAGCAGCGAGUCUCCCAGCUCCGGUCUGUAUUUGAGGUCUCCCGUCUGGCCGCACAGCAAAGGACACAAAGAGCCUUCUCGCGGAAGCUCAAGAAGUUUGUUUUUGGGGAUGAUAACGAAGAACCAUUGGGAACGGAGCACGGGAGCGACUCGUCUGAAAUGACCCCUGGUAAUGGGGCAACUAAAAUGCCAGUAAGUAAAGAUCAUUUAAGUGACAGGGCUUAUUCUUCUGAAAGUACCGGAGUCGUCCAUCAGGUUUCACACAUGAAUAUUCCAGGAAACAAUUGGUCUAAUGUAGCUGGAGUUUCUAAUCUAGAUGAAGAAACCAGAGACUCGUCUAGUAACGUUACAGUACACCAACCAGAAGAACCUAAGAACCUGGAAACUGGAAAGAGUUUGACGAUUUCUGACACAUCAGUUCUUCAAGACGAACUGGAAAUUAGACAGGAUAAUGCUUCCCAUACCACAGGGAAAUUGAAACGCCACAAGAAGUCAGAAAAGCUUAUGACGUCGCUGGUAACCAUGGAGAAAAACAUCAGAGACGUGCAGACAUCAGUACAGCGUCUAAGCAAACACUACACUACUGGACCCUCCGGCAAUGUAGACCUCUCUCCAAAAGCGGCUCAAGACCACGAUCUAAACCUCGACUCGUCUUCAAAUGAGCUAAAGCAAGAGACCUCAGGUGUUGCUGGUCUGUUCCAUCAGGUGGUAGUGAUGAGGGGAACGGUAAAACGUUUGGCACAACACUUUGAGAAUGCUGAAACAAACAGUUCAGCGCUGAAGGACACUUCCAGUGCUGAUAUUGCCUCGGUGCUGCCACCAAAGGCACAAUCAGAACUUGGAUAUUGCAAAGAAACAGACGGAAGGGACAAAAUAAUGGAAGGAAUAACCGAACAUAUGAAUGAUUCAGCUGAAGGACAAGUUCCAGGCAACUAUCAAGUUCCAGAUAAUUAUCAAGUGGGGACUAUCCCUCACUCACAAGACAGAGUUGCUAAACUUGAGUUGCAAGUGCUUCCUGCAGAUCUGUACCAACACACUCACUUGCCGCCUCCUGAAGCAGCAUGUGUUAACGAACACAAAGAGCAAUGUAAAGGCACGGAAAAGAUUUCGAUGAAGGCCAUGGAUAUAUCUCGAGAGAGGCCAUCUCUGCCCUUCGGCCAACCUCUUGGAAAUAUGGGCGAACUCCGCGAACAACGGAUCAAUCUCGUCACACCUGCGGAUGAACUUCAAAAGCAAUCCGUAGAUCAACUCAGAACAGAAUCAUAUCCAACUUUAGGUCACCGCCAGGAGGCACUUAAAUCUGUUCAGCAGAUUCAGAAACCUGUCGAUCAACAUCAGGAGGAGUUAAUCGAAUCUAUCGACCAGCUUCAGAGAGAGCCAACGGAAACUGUUAAUCAACUUUGUAGGGAAAACAUUGAACCUGUUGACCAGUUUCAGGAAAAGCCGACAGAUCUCGAUGGUCGGCCUCGGGAAUGGAGUGUAUUGAAGGAAACAUCUGGGCCUGGAAGUAGUAAUGAGGACCCUUACAGAAGAGCGCAUCAAGCUAAGAUAGAUUCAUGGAAUCGAGAAGGGAGCAUCAGAUGUCAUCCAAUUGUUCCCAUCGGUCGUCUUCAGGUGAAGGCUCAUGAACACCCAGUUCAGAUGAUGGCAGUAGGAGUUGCUGACCAUCCUCUUCAGGAACUUCAGGAAAGCGAGCAGCUUCUUCAUGACAAUUCUGGAUUUGACGAUCAAACUGGAAAAACUACUGACAAUGAAUACCAGUCUAUAAUGAAGAACAUACCUGAUGACCAGCUGAGAAAGUUUGGGGUAUAUUUUCAAGAAGAUCAAAGUUCAUUUAUUGAUGAACAGGAGGAUUCAGAUCCUCAAGGAAACUCACCAGUGAGGAUGGGAAUCCAGCCUGAAUCUAGUACCACCGCCCGAUUGAAGGACGAUGUAUCUAAUUCUAUAGAUUCUCAACAUCAAAAUACACCGAUAAACGUUUGGAGUGAAUCAAAGGUUUCUGAAAUCUUACAAGUGGCGAACACGUCUGAGAAGAAUUUGGAAGAAUCCAGAGCAGUUUUGGAAGAAUUAUCAACAGCCAUACAACUUCCAAAGGCGUUAAAUAUGAGUUCGAAACUCCAGAUGGCGUCGCCUACGCCUCUGAAAAUGGACGAGUCGACAUCAAACCUCCUGGAUAAGUCGGCAGAACAUACAAACUGCCUAAAGGAAUCAAGUCUCUGUUCAGAACUCCUGAAGGAUCCACCUACGUCUAAAGACCAACUGGACAAACUAAAUAGUCUCCCAGACCUCCCAGAUUAUGCAAAUGUGUCUUCAGACUUAUUCCAUUCAAUCAAACCGUCAGAUUCGCUCGAAAAUUCAACUUUACUCUUAGGGUUUUCUAAGGAACGAGCUUCACCUCCAAAGCUCCUGAGAGACACAGUUGAACUUGCAAGCCUGUUGGACGAGCGACAUGGAACUGUACACUUUCUGGAGAAUCUAACUACUGCCGCAGACUUAAGACAGGCCAAUACAUCUGCAGCAGAUCUGCUGAAGUCUGGAACACCUGCUGACUUUUUGACAGAUAAAGAUGCUCCUGUAAGCCACUUGAAGGAGCCAUAUACACCUGUAAGUAUAUUGAAGGAACCACUCGAGGAAACAAUACACGUUGACUCACAAGAGGAAUCGACUGUACGUACUACAUCCAAGACGCAGUUCUCAGGUUAUAUUGAUUAUGUUGAAGAGCCAAAUGACACGGUUGAUGUUGCUCGCGCAAAGCAACCGGUAAAUGCGCAUGAAGCUUUGCGGAAACCUCUAACACCACCAAACGCAUGUGUCCCAGCAGAUAUAAUAGAGAAGCGUAAGCUGCAGAGCUACGCAAGUGAAGCUUGUAUUCAAACUUCAGAACAUCAAGGAAGGAAGCUAUUUUCUCCGUCUAGUGUUGAGAAUAUUGAUGCAAAUCGGGAAGAUUCUCUCGUAUCUUCUGUCACCAAAGAGUCAGAAAGAUCUUCAGGGCAAGACUCGUGUGUCAUGUCUUACAGAGACACCGGGGUACCUAAGGGGAGAACGGUGCAGCCCGUUUCUCAACACGAAGUCCCUGUACCCGGAGUUGUAGUGUUCGGGGCCACGGCAGAGAGCGGCCUCGAUUGUAUUUAUAAGUACGAUACAAACCUCAAUUCUGAUUCUGACAAUAUUCAUGUGGAGGACGUAGCUAACUGCCAGAACACUUACGACUGUCUACAAGACCAGGUUUCGGUAGAUGUAAUUGCUGGUGGGAAAACUUAUCGCAUCAUUCCUGAGAGCUUAUGUGCGUCAGAUGUGCGAGAAAAUGAAAUACUGGAGUCAAAUUAUUCUUCUGGGUUUUCCACAAAUGAGCCCAUUAACAGUGAUAAAUUACGAGGGAGGGAACUUGGUUCCAUGCCCUUCAGUGCAGGCUACAGCAGUGGGGAGUUCAGUCAGGAAAUUGAGGUGUCGAUUCAGUUUCCAGCUGAGGCGGAUGAGACCUCUCCUGACAAGUCAGAAGAGCUUGAAGAACACAGGAAAUUGCUGUGCCCUGUUGCGUUAGAAUCCUUGCCUCAUCGCCCUCACUCGCCUCUACACAAUUUUUUUUGUAGAACUGGUGAACCAGUCGAUCAUUCAGACGAUGACUUACCUCUUCAUGAUCACACUCCAGAUCUCAACAGACCGCAGGAGUUAAUGCAAGACAAACCCGCCAUUCCCCAGAAACCACUGGGAGGACAUUUGAGCACUCUCGAGGGGUCCAAUAUAGACGAAGUAGCGUCAGAAAAGAGAUUCGUCCUAACAUCGCACAGGACAGUUGCAGACUCGUGGCCACGCUCAUACAAAUCGGCUUUAAACCCAUUGUCAGCGCCCUCUGUUUCCUCGCUUCUGAGUGGAGUAGAUAUACCGACUUGCAGUGUGGAAAUGACCCCGCAUGGGGACACAGGUGGGGUGGACUCUAUUGACACUGCUGUCAACCCAUCAUGCACGGAAGAGGACACCGUUGGCGCCACUGUCAGCCCGUCAUUGGCAGCUCCAAAGGCGGGUCUGCCAAGUAUCCAGGUGUCGCUGGAAACACUAACAACGAGAAUUAGCUUAUCAGAAAUGGCCCCAAACUUCACAGAUACUUCAGAGAUACCCACUGAUUACCCCAUAGACGUUAGACAUGGUCCACAAAACACAUCUGUUCACGAAAACAUAUUAAAAGAUAAUUCAGAGGAAAGUUUAUUCAAUUUACUGGCCAUUGUGUCCACAGAUGCCCAGGUGAACUCUGCUCACGGGAAUAGCAUACAAUUUACAUUAAAGGACGACCCUCGGGGUGACAGCUCUGCUGAACUAAAGUCAAUCGAUGCUGAAGUUGAAACUUACUGGAAUGUGUCGAGUAGCCACGCAUCUGGACAAAUUACACAGGUGUUGUCUGACAGUUUGUCCAAUGAUGAGGAGUGUAACAGUAAGGUGGAGGAUCAGGACGAGGAGGCGGAUCUGGUCAAGGAAGCGGAUCUGCUGCAGGUAUCAAACAGCUACUUGAUGGUCGAGGAACCAGGUCUAGAGAACUCAGACGACAGUGAUUUUUCUUUCGGCACAGAAGACUGUGGGGAUCCUCUGAUACCGAAACAGUUCAUUGAUGCAAUGUUGAUUUCUACGAGAGCGGAGAGCCAGCAAGAACAGUUAGAAUACAACGCGCUUCCUGGAAGGUCAGUUGAAGAAGACAGUGACCCCGACACAUUAAAAUGCCAGACUUCCUUCUCCAUUUCCCAGAGUAAGAAGGAAGUUGCACUGUUUUUAACAGACGGAAGUCCUGCUGAGCUUCGUCACCAACCGACAGUUGCACACAUGGAAGAUUCAGUCCUCACCCGGUCACAGGAGAUCAAGGCGAAUCAGGAGGCAGCAACAGCCAACAGAUGGUCGGAGGAAAACAAGACGAGUCAGGAGGCGCCAACAGCCACAGAGUCAACAGCUUCAAGGACACGUGUCAAGGUUGACGAACAAAAUGACACAGACCCGGAUGACAGCGAUUUCACUUUUGGGACAGAAGAUUCUGGGGACAUAUUCCACGUGCCUCAAAGGUACAUUGAUGAACAGUUGGCUUUCAAGGAUGAGGAAAAGUCUUCAAAGAAUAUGAUCUCAUUACCUCUGGCGCCUAACGACUCUAACUCUCUUGAUGCCAAAUUUAAGAGACUCACACGCACACCAUGGAACAGCAUUGACCAAGACUUAUUAGAUGGACAAAGGGAAAAUGCCACAGUGUUAGACAGUGCUGAACUAUUAAGGAGAAUAUCUGAAAUUCAUUCCACAUUGCAAGCCUCUAAAGAAACGUCACAAGAUGCUGUUGUUGAAUCAGAGAAAAAACAAGCUUCACAUGAAAUAAAAUCGUCUCAGGAUAUUUCAUGCCAUAUGACACCCGCUGGAGUAGAAGGACUAGUGUUAAAUUCGACUUCAGAAACCAAAGAAUCCUACCCACUCAGUCCGCAGCCAAACACAGACUCAUCGGCUAGCCUCUCGACCGUCGACGUGAGCGCCGUGCCUUCACAACCUCCGACUCGGGACACUACAAGCGGAGAGAAUGGCAGCGAAACUGACUCUGAUGACGAUAUGCGUGUCGGCCCACUUAAGAGCAGUCAACCCUUGGUCAUACCCUUGUCCGCAAGCCCCAGUAAGUCCACAACACCUGGCUCGGACAGCGACUCGUCCAAUUCCGAAUCUGAUGCCCUGACGGACGAGGACGACAUCGAGGUGUGCGCGGUCAAGAAAAAACCCAAGUACACUAAGCCUGCUCGCAGCCACCGUAGCAAGCUUCACACCAUCCAGGAACUCUCGGAGGACGAGGAGGAACGGGAUGCAACGCCAAUCAGGCCGCCCAGACAGAGCAGGCUCACUGGCGCAAGGUCCAGGCUCACUGAGAACUGGUGGAAACCUGAUUUCCCAAAGGUUCACCAGGCAUCCCCUAAAACGACAAACUUAUGCUCAGAUUUCUCGAGAAAGCUUGGGGAUGGUGAUGGUGAAGUGUCCAGCACAAAGGUGAUGGGAGGAAGCCGACGCAAUAAUCAUCCUCUAGCAAUGGUAAAGCUCAUUCCAGACAAUGUAUCUUCAUCAUCUUCUGGCGAUGACUAUGACGACGAUGGUGAUAUCGACGAACCAGUUGUAACAUACGGACGGCUCUCCUACACGGGAAUUGUCUUCAAGAAAAUGCAGAAGACAGAAUCCCUAGCGAAGAAAAAUAUAACCUCGAGAACAUCUAGAAGUAGCAAGAAAGCCAGCUCCAACAGUGAAACAAAUGCUGAGCAAAUUAAUCCUGAGCGGGAUCAAAUCCUUCAAGCUGGGAGCGAACUUGGACCUGGAAAGCAUCGAAAUUCACCUGAGCUUGAGGAUCACGUAAUACAAAAAAUAAACAAUGGUGGAGAGAAGUUUAUAGAAACUAUGAAUGAAAAUUAUAUUGAGAAUCACACAGGUCCAAAAAUAAACGAAAAUGAAGAACAGGAAAGUUUAAAUAAUAACGUCAUGGAGGAACUUGCCAGUUCGAAUAAAACUGAAAAUUUGAAACAUAAAAAUCUAAACAAAAAUGAGAUCGUGAAAUAUGAAGAUCGAAACGAAAAUGAGAAUGAGAACGACGCAAUCAUCACUCGAAACCAAAACAUCCAAACGAAGCUUGUUGAUCCAUUCUCCCAAGAGCUCUCGACCUCAAAACCUGGAAAAGAGAAUCCUCGGGAGAGGAACCCUCGAUACCCACAAAAAGAAGCUAACUCAACGGUCAGCUUCUUGGAAGAAGAAGAAGAUACCACCCAAUACUUCUUCCCUCCCAUGGAGACCCUAUUCACCCCAGCUUCUCCAGACCCCAUCAUCAUCACCAGCAGCGCCUCCCAAUCUCCCGCUGUGAAGGCAGAUGUACCCACCAUAACUCGGUAUGUUGUCACUCAUCUAGGGCGGGAGAGUGUGCUAACCGACCAUACCUUUGCUCCUCCGAUGGAGAAGCUGUUGAAACCGACGCUCCAGAUGGCCGGUGAGCAGGUUGAUGACCACUUCCCACUUGGGAAUGAGUUUGAGAGAAAAUUUCAAGGUCAGUCCUGUUGUUUUUCCAUGAUAGAUGAUCUUCUGGACGUUCGUGCAUGCACAGCACCUCAAUUUUUAGAUGUUGGAAAUUCUGAAUUGGGGAAUUCGAUCGCUUUAACAAUGCCAGUAAAUGGCCUUACACAUCCUGAGCUUUUAUCAGAGAAUACAAUUCUUCAUAAGAAAGAUUCUUUAACCAUGGCGGCUGAGGGAGCCAAUAGGGAUUCGAAGGACCUUAGCGACAUUAUUUUACGGUGCAGCAAACAGUCUGAAACAAAUUUAAACUGUACUAAUUCCCAUGAAGAAAAUACAAAAGCAGAGGUAGACAAUGAAGAAAUUUUGUUAUCUACAGAAAAACCCCAUGACCUCGAAACGAGAGAAAAUGUACUUAAAUGUAACACUGAUAGAAACGAGAUAUCAAAGGGGGAGGAUUUUUUGGGGGAAACUAUUGUUGGCUCUCAAGUACCCGCAGUUGGUGAAAUUAGUCAGGAAACAGAAUUAGAAAGCAUUUCGGAGGAAGCAAGAGGCAACCAUGCCAUCAGUGAAGAAUACGUGACCAAUCAAGGAAGCAAAGAACCUACUGACGAAGGGACUCUUGAAGGCAGAGAGUACGACGGUAGUAUCAACAGUCCCGCUGAUGUGGACUUCAUCGAAGAACCUUUGACCUCUUUUCAGAGUAGCGGCCCUCAACAGCUUGGUUGUUUUCAGGACGUUAUCGAUCCGACAGAAGCGGUGACAGAUAAAGGUGAGAGUAAGGGCAGUAUUAGUGCCGAGGCUUCUCCAGUAAUGGCCGUAGAGCUUACCCAGAGCACCAGUAAUGUUGUCCUUUACUCCCUCGGCAACAACAGAAAAUUACCCGGUGGCGCAAGCAGUUUAUUGCAGGAACCUGAGACUCUGACUUGGCAUUCCAGAGAUGUGCAUUUGGAUGAGUUGAGUGACGUCUUCCCGCUCACUAUUGACACCUUUACUGUGACGGCUAGCAGUGACCCAUUUUCUGUGACGAGUAGCAGCGACCCAUGUUCUGUGACUAACAGUGACCCAUUUUCUGUGACGACAAGCAGAGACUCGUUUUCUGUGACGACUAGCAGGGACCCGUUUUCCCAGCCCUCUAAAAUGGGAUCAUGGGCUGGGGAGUGUUUUAGUGAUGAAACAAUGCAAGCAAGCAGUUUCUGCACGGCUGAUGUAAAGCAUGCGCUUCAAGCGGUAAAGGGAAGCCUUAGUGGUGAUGGCGAACACUCGCCGUCAUCACAAGGAGAAGUUGAGAAGCCAGGUUCUGCAGCCUGUCCUUCAGUCGUUCCUCAGACUCCCUCCGAGGAGUCAGUGGCGACAGCUAGUGGUGAGAACUUGAAACGAAUUCCCUCCCACCUAGGAGGAACAAUUAUGGAUACAAAUCCAGGAUUUGCAAUACCGGAGGUGCAAUGGGACACUUUUCCCAUCUUUAGUGGUAUCUCACCAGAUGACCUAGUGGCUGUCGAUGCAUCUUCAGAUACAUCAGUGUCAACACCAACGCUUGAGGCUGAUGAAGCCCUGACGGUAGCAGACUUCGACACUCGCUGGACAAGUUUUGACGUCAAGGAAACAGAGUGUGGUGAAGGAUCACCAAAUAGCCUUGGUGUUGAAGUAAGAAAUGAUUCAGAUAUACAAAAAGUUGUUUGUAAUGCCCCAAAAGGGACUGGGUGUAUAAAAGAAGAGUUAAGUGCUCCACACGACAGCAGGGAACAAUCUCCAGACGCCCAAGUUUUGUUUGAACCUUCCAAUCCAUAUUUAAGGACCACAGAAAAUGGCGGAGUCUUAACUUGUCCACAUGCAGGGCAUCAGGGAGUUGACCUUAAUACUUGUAACUCAAGUGGAUUAGACUCUCCAGAAGCCCUACAUCUCCAUACUCGCUCACCAGCUGAGCACGCAAGUGAAGGUGGUGUUGCUCAAACAGAUGGUGCAGACAACGAAUGGCAUGCCUCAUUCUCAUCAUUUUCGUCAUCUUCAUCACACUCAUCGUAUUUGUUGAGACAUGCGAAGGAUUAUGAAGACGCUCUUCCCAUUGUCGAUCUUCUGGGACUUGAGCCCAGGUCUCUGCCCCCACGAGAGGAAACUAACGCGACCAGCCUCCUUAAUCUCGAGUCGCCCGACCACUGCACCUCCAGGAACCUGCAGAAGCCCUUGGAGGAUGAUAUCCAGCAUACCAGAUACAUCGAUACGGUAGAUUUUGUCACUGGAUCUCUCAAUGACAUCCCGAAUUCCACGCACAGUGAGGAUAUCAAGCCUCAAGAUGAGAGGGACAUCGUUACUAAUGAACUUUUCGCCUUUUUACGUGGAUCUUCCGAAUCUCUUAUUGACGCUGACAAUCCGGGAUCCACAAGCAGUGAUGCUAUUCAGCCUCUGGUCAUGGCAGAUACAGUGCAACCGGAAGUAGAAGACGCUUUAGCUGAAAGACAGACUGAUAGUUCAGAGGAAGACCUCGGCACUGAGCAGGUGAUCACGUCCACCCAACCUCCCUGCUGGGUUUUGGACUCGGGUUUUGGCUCCCCUGAUAAUGCGAUUUUUGUCGACGAUUCUUGUGUGGUAAAUGAAUGUGGGGAAGUCAUAGAGUCGGUGAAGACGUUGUAUGACUGGCUGCCUACGCAAGGGCUUGAUUCAGACCAAUUGCAAAGACUUGGGCCAAUGCAAGAGUUUGGCUCUGAGCCCAUGCAAGAGUUUGAUUCAAACCGUUCCCACACGUUCGACUUUACACCUAUACAAUUACAGAAAUCUGCGCCUAUACAAAUGUUAGACUCUGUAUCUUUAGGCACUCUGGACUAUGAGCCUUCACAGCUGUCUGACACAGACUCAGAGUAUACAGAAGCAACUGAUACCAAGAGGUCAUCAUCUCCGGCCACACAUACCAACCCACAACACGAGGCUCAGCUGGGAGACACAACAAUCAAUAUACAUGAAGCCGACCCAGGUCAUGAUCCAAUUAGCGAUAGCCAGACGAAUGGAAUAUAUAGUUUACUUGCUUCAGUACGUCAGACUCUGGAUUAUGUGAGUGUGUACAGCGAGGGAAGUGACGAUAGGGGAAAUCAAUGCGGGAGAGGACGAGAUGAAGGCCAAGAAUAUUUAAAAGAAACCUCAGAAAAUGGAAUUUCACAUGGAGGUUCCUCCAGGUCGUUGGGUCAGCCCGGUCACACGCCCAUCGUCGAGCGUUUGAUCAGCUUGGAGGAACUGGUUGGCGAGGCAGCUAACACCGCCGAGGACCUGGUAAGCCAGCUGAAGGAAGGUCUUUCUGACAAGGUACUCAACUUUGCUCAGUGGGAACUCGAUGAUAUUUUAGUUGAAAAUAAUAGUGUUAAGAGCGAGGCAGACGAGGCAGAGAACAACUCCAAGCUCUCCACCAACCUAGAUGGUCCAGAAAAUAAGAAUGAAAAGCAAGACAGUUCUUCAUGUCCUGCCGAAGAAGUGUGUGGUAGACUCUCGCCCGAAGCGACGGUCAAGAACCAGUUAGACACAGCAUCUCCUGAAGGAACCGAAUCGCACACUGAUAAGGAAAAUACACUAUCAGAAAUUUCUUCAGAUAUCUUCGAGAGUGCCCGUGACUUGUGUCCAGCUAUAGAUGAAAUUUUGAUACACAAGUUAAGUGUGCUGGACUCUGAUGUGACAGAGGACCAAACAGAUGCGUUCCUCACCCACCACGAGAAGACCAGCAAGCGACCAGAGGAUGGUGACGUCUCCUCUUGCUUUGCCAGUGAUCUUGCAACCCUACAGACUCAGGACCGCAAAUCUGACGAUCAGGAUCACAACAAUUCGCUGUAUAUUGAGCGAAUCAAUGGCAUCUUUAACGAGUUUCAGCAUAUGCUAAACAUGGAGGGUUCCACUCCCUCAUCCAUGCUAAAGCCAAGACGUCAUUCUCAAUAUGAAGACUUGAUUGUUGGCCCUUGUUUAUCUGCAAGUGACAGUGCCACUGGACACUGGGUCUCUGAAGCUGUAGGACUGACAGCUUCAUCAUCCACGCUUCAACUUGGCAAAGAUAAUUUGAUUAAUAGUGAUGAUGAUGUUAAUGAUGAUGCGAAAACUGAUGAUUCAAUUCAUUCUCAGUCUCACCAUAGCUUAUUGCAUGAACUACACGAGUCUAAAGGUCUUUCUAACGACGAUAACUCCGGCGACGAAAGAUCUUUCGAAACAAAUCCUCUUGAUGAUGGUAGCAGACGUCGGCCUCACUCCAGGACUCUCGCAGAUCUCGUGACCUCCAGACAACAUUUCUGGAAUUCUUUAUUUGAAGAAAGUGAAGAUGUUGAAGAGGCAGGAGUUUCUAGCUUAACGUCCUCACCAGCCGUCACCAGGAAGUCGGCUGAUCUUACAAGAAGUGGCGCCAUCACUGGUGACGAGAAUAAGGUCUCUGAACACCACAGUUCCGCAGAAGUGAGUCGGUCUUCCGAGCACAUUCACGAGGACGACAUUAAAAUGCAUCUCUUUCAGAGCAAGCAAGAGAUUCGUCAAGGCCUGGUGAAGUUUUCUGACACAAGCCUAGUCGAAUUUUCUGGUGCAAGUCCAGUCAAGUCUUCUUCUAACACAAGUCCGGUCGAGUUUUCUAGCACAAGUCCAACUGAGUCUUCUAGCACAAGUAAAGUCGAAUCUAAUGGAACAAGUCUGGUAGAGUCUUAUGGCACAAAGAUUGAGAAUGUUUUGAAAAAAAGAGUGCAAACCAAAAAGAACAAAGAAAGGAAAUUCAAAUAUUUCAAGCGGGGAAGAGACACAUCAGAAGAAUCUGAAACUGAUGGAAUAUUAGACCCAAAUUACAAAUCUUGUUUGACCCCAAAACCAAGAAAAGACAAAACACUCGCAGUACUACCAAAGGGAACAUUUUCCGAACGCGAGAACGCAGUCUCCCCGAAAGUUGGAACCGAUCGCCAGAAAUUCGGAAUACAGAAAACCAGUGACCAGGAAGGGGGUGACUACGAAAACAUUGGUGGUCUCUCGCGAAUGCCAAGUUUUAAGAAGAUAGAAAAAGGUAUUGUAAGGAGCGGCAAGAAACUAUGGGAAGGCAAACAAAUGGAGCAAUCAUUUGAGAGGAAACUGUGCCAGAGUCAUGUUCUUCCAUCAUUGAGAGAUGCCAACAAAAACUCAAAAUGCUCUGCAGUUGGUGAACAAAUGGAAAAUAAAUUUGAAGCAGGCAUUGAAGAUAUUAUGAAAAACACAUCAGAGCCAACAGAGAGUCUGGAAAAGUACACAGAGGUCAUUACAUCCCAAGUUAUGAAGGAGUCAUUUACUGGGACACCCGUGGCACCACAAGACGGGGCUCCCGCGUACCGUCGACCGAGCAUCAAGAUGAUUGCAAAAGGAAUUGUUCAGAUGAGGAAGAGCCAGUGGGAGGGGAAACUUGAGGUUACAGAGGAAUCUGAAUUAGAAGAAACUCCACCAUCUAACGAAGAACCGGCGACGAAAGAUGAUGUGAUUCGUCCAGAGCCGCAAGUCAGCGACCAUAGAGGAAGUCUUAGUCAACAGAAACAUCGUAAAGGGGCAUCCAGACACAAGCCAUCACUGGGUUAUCAGCUGAGUGUAAAGAUAAAGAACGGGACUGUAGUUGACACUAAACUCUUGUGGGAGGCGAGGGAAGUCGCCAGGAAGAAGGAGCUAAUAGCAGAUUUGGCGCGUGCCCAGGCCACCAUACAUGCCGAGGACGCCCAGAUCCCCAGUGACGAACACCACGGGAAGAAAAUCCCGACGACUAGCUAUCAAGAUAAAGACUCGAUUGCUAGAUCUCAGGAACCGGAGAUCGAACCCCCUCAGACGUCUGAAGGCGUAGAUGCCAGGGAAGUAGUUCGAUGUGAUGAACCCCUUUCUGAACCCAACAUUCAGGAAGGUCGUGUCAAUUCCACAAGGCAGAUGUGGCUCAGUAUGACGACGUCGGAUGGUAUGAACGCUGAGAGCAUCUUGAAAAGCAAAGUGAGAUCCCAGAAGAAUAAAAAGGGACCCAAGCUUCGUGAGUCAGGAGAGGAGUCUUUCGAAAAGUCUUUGAUUGGUAGACACCCAAGCGUAAGGAUCCCCGAAGGUGCUGUUCUGGAGGAGAAGAGGAAGUUGGAGUCGAUAAUGAUUCAGUUAAAAAAAGGUCGCGGAAUCUACGUCGAGUGGAAAAAAUUAAGAAAAUCAAGAAACGUCAAAGCUUUUGGCCCAUCAGGUCUCCCCAGUGAUCGUGUCCCUACAGUCUUGAAGCCGACAGAGACAGACCGGCGUUGCGGGGAUGAUAUUUGCCUAAAGGAAAUCGAACCCGAUAAAGUCAUGGAACGAGUCCCUGGCUUCGAACAAAUAAAAAAGGGGACUGUGUUGGCAAGACAGCAAAUCUGGAGCAUCGGCGAGGCUCGUAAGACUCCGAGUCCGAACCCAAAGGUAUUACAUGUAAGAUCACCACAAGGAAACAUUAUUCCAGGUGUUGCAAAUACACAUAAAGGAAAGCAUGACAGUCCUCAAGAUAUGGAACCUGUUAAAAUGAUUCCUAAUACGAAAAUAAUCGCGAAAGAAGCGGUCAAGUGUAGCAAAACCCAAACAAAAUUUUUAAAUGCGAAAAACAAUUCCAAAACCAAUGAUUCCAAUGAUGUGGGUAGAUCAAAGACUCAAUGUAAAGCAGAGAUUGCCAGUGAGUUGAUAUCUGGGGGACGGCUUCAAGCACAGGGACAGCAACAAGCUGAGGUAGAGGAGCAGCCCAAAACAAUACCGGUUUCAGGGUACCAGCUAAGCAUAAAGAUCAAAGAAAGGCAUGUUGCAAGCAUCAAGAACCUGUGGGAGGGAAGGCAGCAGGAAGACAGGGCCAAUAGGGUCCUUGGGAGGUCUAUCGAAGACAAGAAGAAACAGGACUCGUAUGAAAGGAACUCCGAGGAAUCUCUUCAUUCUAAACAAGAUGAUGACGGUGGAGAUGACGCAGCAAAAGGAACCAUCGCUCCAAGCUGGAAGAUUCAAGAAGGAAAAGUGAGAGAAGAGAAGGAAAAAUGGGAAGAUAUUAAUAGCUGCAAAGAUGAAUAUAAUCAGUGGAAGAAAGUCAGAGAUGAUCACAGUUUCCAUGAAAUCCAGAUGGCAAGGGCAGCUGCGUCAGUUGCAGCUGCUGAUGCAUCCUCCGGAGGUGACACCACUCAGCGGAGAGCAGAAACUCUGCAGCAGAAUUCUUUCAAGUCCGAGUUAUCCAAAACUGAAUCGGCCCUUCAGACUACAAGUAUCGUAAGUGCUUCGAGGAACACGUGGGAGGAGAGCGAACACAAAGAUCUUAAAUUGGCUCGAAAGCCUCUACACACGAGAGUCCUAGAAUCUCAAGAUGAUGGCAAGAGAGACUAUGAGGAUGAACAUCAGGACAAACCAUUAGUGCAGGAAAUCAUCCCAUGGAGGUCAGAAUUUUGUGAAUUCCGGUUUUGCUCAACAGAGGUAGAAAUUGGCCGUAAGACAGACAGCGUCACUGAAAUGCUUUCCAAAGAACCGACAGAAGAGACCAACAAGGGACAGUCAUCCAGUAUUACGUCCUACGAAGGCACCAGUCAAAUAGACAGACAUAUAAAGGAGAAUACACCACAAAGUAAGAAUAUCUUACACCAGAAGAUGUCUGCUAAUCAAGCCUUCUUAGGGGACGCAAACCCUGCAGAAGAUACCGAAAUGCUGGAGAGAAAACGCAAAAGUAGUCCACACAAAGAAUUUCACGUGAGGGACCAGAGCGAGAUGGAACCGUCUGCGACGCUACACCAUGAGACAAGAGAGCCGAGCGAUGCUCAAGUUGAGGAAGUCGACAACAAUGCAGCUUCCAGUAGAACCCUGAAUUUUGAGGUCGAGUCUAGACAUCUGAACACGGGCCAUUGCGUCUCGGAGCAAAUCCAGGACAACAACACGUUUGCCCAAGCUCAAAAUAAACCCAAACAAGCGAAGGUCAUUCAGUUUUACCAGAGAGAUCAAAUCCAAGACAUUGCACCGUCAGAAGAGAAAACCUGCAUGCUAAACCCACAAGUUGAGCCACAAGACAGUAAACAAAGGAAAUAUGGUCUCACCAAUCAUAAACAAGAUUCCCGCGACACUGAGCUUUCCAAAAGCAAAUCUAACAGGGAUGGUAGUCUUGGAGGCAAGAAUUCCCGACUAGUAGAUAAUAGCUAUCAGGAACCCGUAAGUAUGUCGGAGUCAGGACCGGAGAGUAAGAAUAAAGAUAGUGAAGACGAAAAGGAGAAGGAAGAAGAAGAAGGGGAUGAUGAUGAUCCUUCAACUAUCCCUGCGCUCGACCAUCCAUCCACACGAAAACAGCCGGAAAUUGAAACUUGGGUUCGUGAGAAUCCGUUAUGUGGUACUGGGUUAGUCUUAGAUGCUACAAGUUCCUCUGAAAGUCUAGAAAGGCUGUUCCAUGAACGUCCUAAAGUAUCGCCUACUGCUGAAGUGUCAUCUGACGAAGUUCCUGUAAUGCCUUCACCUGAAAAAGUUCCCAAAGUUCAAAUAACUCAUGAGCAUCAUGAAAUGCCAUUACAUGAAGAAGUUCCUGAACUGUCUUCCAUUGAACUACCACAAGAAUCAUCAGCGGAAGACACGGCAGAAGCAAUUUGGGUUGAGCCCUCUGAAGAGUUCGCAUCUUGGCUUCUCGGGACGACGAACGAGUCACCCAGAGGCUCCACCACCUACCAACCAUCAACUAAUUCGAUGGCGAAGGGCUUUGGGGAUAACACGACUGUCCUCAGGCCAGGCUCGGGGAGUAGAAGACCUCCCGAAACCCUCUCCGGAUAUUCUCCAGGUAUCAUCAAGCCCACAGAACAGAAGGGAAGCGGAAUAACAGAGGGUGAAGAAGCAAAGGGAGACGAGAAGCAGGAGCCGCUUGAGAACAGCGAGGCCUUGAUAAAUCAGACACGUCACGAAGUGCUGCAAGAAAACGGUCUACAGCUGCCAGAGUCACCACCGUUGCGUAAAAAGGCAGAUGCGUCCUACGAACCGCCAAAAGCCACUGCCUUUAGGAGUCCACCUUCGAAGGACAUGGUCUCUCAGAAGAAAGAAUUUUGGGAUAAGUUAGUAGUUAAAAAUGAAGAAACGAUCAAAGGGAACACAAAUCAUACUCACCUAAAUAUUACCUCUGGAGGCCAAUGGAAGCAAGAGAUAAAGAAAACACAGUGUGUAAAAGAAAAGAAUGACUGUAACGCAGACACAGAUUCGAACGCUCCAUCGUCAGAUUCUGAUAAUGCGGAUGACCCAGCGAUCUCAUGCAUGACUCAGGACGAGCACGAAAAGAAUUUAGUUUCACAAAAGAAAAGUUUUUGGGACGACCUCAUCACCAAGAGAGACAGAGAAGCAAAGGUAAACAAACCACACGAGACAAAGAAAGUUAUCGUUCAUGAACAACCUGUGACUGAACAAACUCUUGCUACAGUAGCCACACUCGAGGAGUCCAGACAUGAAAAUGAAUCCUAUACGGAAAUCAUGAAAUCAAAGACCACUUUGGGUCGCAAGCUCAGCAUUACCAUUAAAAAGGGAACCGUAAAAGCGAAUCAGCAGAAAUACAACUUGCAGAAGGAAGAUGAAUACACGAAAUGGAAGAAGAUGAAAGAUCAGAAACGAAGAAGACCUGUAUCUCCAAGCAAAGAAGUUGUAGCAGCGUCCGUUCGUCUGCAAAAAAACUCUCUAGAGGGUGCUGCAUGCACCUCCAGGCCUAAAACAGAACAAUACACACCUGAGGCCCAUAGUGUUAGGUCUUCUGGACAGAGCAAGAAGUCCAAAGUGCUGAAGAAAAGUCGGGUUGCGUCUCCAAGACCUGGAAGCGGGGACUCCACUGAAGAAGAAGAAACUCACAGUCCAAAAAGAGUUCGCAGGAAAGUGAGCGUAAAGAUCCAGAGAGGCCUGGUCCAGAAGUGCAAGACUCGGUGGGAAACGACUCGUACCAAGCCCGGGUACUGGACGUGGAAACGCACCAGAAUGUCCUCAUAUUCGACUAACCUGCGCAAGCUUCCCUAUACGCCAAGAACAGAUCAUUCUCUAACGGAUCUAACACCACCAACUGGGACCCAUCUGUCUCCUGUUAGUGCGCAAGAAAAUAUACAAGCCCCCCUUAGUAGUCUGCUGACUAGACACCACAAUCAUCAGGGAACAGAAACAGCCCUGGGGAACGCCAUUAACUUGCCACAACAGCAAGUUAGAGCCUUGUGGGAGCAGGAGAGGUAUAUGACCCCCUCUCCUACCCAUGAGGUUUCUGAAGGCUACCUCACUCCCGACGAAGCACAGCAGUACCUGAGCGGCAUCAAAGGCAACGUAGCGCAGCAGAGGAAGAGAUUCGACAGCCUGGGAAGUGUGGUGAGCACGGAGAGUGCCGACAGUCUAGGUAGUGUAGACUACAGACCCGACCUUGACAUCUGCAACUCUCCGGUAAUUUUAGACAAAGAAUACGCCAACUCUGUCGUCGGGAAAGUGAGACGACAAAGGAAUAUGUGGGAAACCAAGUUCCAAAGGACGCAACAGGAAGACACUAAAGAGCGAUCAACGUUACAAGCAAAAAAGGCCACACAAAUGGACUUUGCCCAAAGCAGUUCGCUCGACAUGUUACCAGCAAUGCAAAUCACAGAAGUCAAGCCGAGUGGCUUCCCUGCAACACCGAGAGAAUCAGAAACCCGACUCUACAUCCUCCACAACACUAUCGAGGGCGACCUGGUACUCCAGACAUACGAUGACAGCUACAAGAAGCGCCAAGGCUCGCCACCUAGCGACGACGGCAGCGAAACGGGAGAGGACGAGGCCCCGUCGAAGGAAGAGAAGUGGGACGAGGCGUCGCAUCCCAUCAGGAGGAAAUCCGUCGAAAAGUGCGCGCAGCGCUACAGCUUGGAGGGGACGCUUGACCUCGGCAGCCGCCGCGUUCCUCCUGAAGGCGGAGCAGACGAGCAAACCCGGACCAAGGAUCUUCAGGAAGCCACAACCAUGGAUAUUUGUGACCGCACAUCGAACCUAAUGACUCCCUCUGUCCUACAGCCCAAAUCUUCUCUCGGAAGCUCUGAGGCCACAUUGCCAGGCCUUACUGAUGGGGACGGAGGAGGUCUCAGCGCCCCGUGUGAAAUAGGUUAUGAUUAUGAGGAAUACAAACGAAGUUUUGCUUCUGCUAAACAGCUGUUUGAAACAGGAUUGAAAGAAAACGCGUCGGAGCCCCCAGGGGGUACUACUCGAGAGUGUGUUGUCCCUAGGAGCGGUCAUCAUGAUGGUGCUACUAAGGACUUUGUGGAGAGUACUGCUAGUCAUAUUCAACAGAUAAUUAAAUCCAGUGACGAAAGUACAAAUUCUAUGUCAUCAUUAAGCCCUACUCCAGUAAAUGAUAUAAUGUCUCCGCAACAAAACAAUAGUCAAAGCACAGUCAAUCGUAAUGUUUCUGAAGUCAAGCGUUUUGAUGAAAGAUUCGACUCUUUCGAAUACGUGGAAAAUAUAUGGGGUGGUAAUGAAGAGCAGAACUUAGUGAAUAUUUCCAAACCAGCUCACUUAACAGACCACGGCUGUCAGACAGACGAAGAACUCGAGGUGUUUGUUCCCCCAAGUUCAGGCGUGAACUUGAUCAACGAGAGCUACCAAAGCUUCCUUGAAAAGGAAUCUGAUAAGCUAAGGAUGCGGAAAGACGGAUUUCCCCGAGACCAGGAAAUUCAGGUGUCUCAGGAAGAUUUCGUCAGCCCCUUAAAACGAUGCGUGUCUCAAAAGUCUAGACAGUAUGACCUGCUGGAAAUGCCAGAACUGAAGCGACGCAUUUUUAAGCGUCGACGGCGUACUCACGUCUUGGACAGGAAGCGUUCUCUGUCUGGAUCUGAUGCGCACUUGUUCCAGGGAGAGGAAGGGAUAGCUCUUCGAUCCUCGAGAACAGUUUAUGGAGCGGACCGUGGGUGGUCUGAAGACUCCGAAGUAAACAUGGCUAAAUCAGGAAAAUUUGGUAUAGCCAACUCGUCGCCCCUGGUGGCUUCCCUUAAGGACCUGGUUAAGGACCUGCCCUCCGUGUAUCCAGAGGGGCAACACGACCCCAUGAUUCACGACGACCUAGCAGACUUCAACCCCGACGACUUUCUGCAGUUUCCCCAAGAUGAGGUGAUCAAGACACUAAGUGGGUGCUACAGGGGCGAGUUUCCCCACGUACCAGUGAGUGGGACACGUUCUUGUCCCAUUACCUCCAGGAGGGGACAGGAGGAGCUCAUAUCCCUGACGGACCUCCGGCGGACCAGUCUCCCAGAGCUGCUGCUACCUCACCCGCUGCCCAGUGACGCCGCUUCUCUCUACAGGGAUUGUGAGUCGCCAGUCUACGUCUUCCAUAAUCCCUUCAGCCAUGAGGACCCGGCCGAUAUAGACCACAGGGAAGACCCGAAGGAUGUCUCCUGUCAACACGGAGGGUACUCACAUGCCCUCAGGGAAGAUCCGAAGGAGGUCUCCUGUCAACACGGAGGGUACUCACAUGCCCUCAGGGAAGAUCCGAAGGAGGUCUCCUGUCAACACGGAGGGUACUCACAUGCCCUCAGGGAAGAUCCGAAGGAGGUCUCCUGUCAACACGGAGGGUACUCACAUGCCCACAGCAGUGAGAGUCUCGUGUUAUCCCUGAACGGUGCCAAUUCCUCGUCGGACGGCGGACCUGCGACGUCUGACAGCAGUGACAAGUGUAGCACACAGUCAGAUUCCCAGAGGGAAACUGUAAGAGAUUCUCGGCGGUCUUUACAAGCUAAAAUGACGAACGAUUCUGCAAUAAUGGAUGAAGCGAGCAUCAAUUUUUCUUCGGAAGAGGAGGAGGAGGAGGCAGAAGGGCCAAACGAAAGACAAAAUGUGCCAGUUGAAGAUAGGGAAGAGAAGGCAGAAGAAGAAGAGAGAGAUAGAAGCUCCGGGGAGGAGGAAUCACAUGGGUGUCUGGCGUAUGGAGAAGGUCUUAAGCACGGCACCGUUGGAGGAGUCAACACCUUCAUCAUCGACACCGUUGGAGCAAGCCAGGGAGAGGUGACUGUGAGCGUGGAAGGGCCCUACGAGGAUUGCGUCUCGGCUACUGAGGUCUACCCGUUGGAAGAGGCGCCCGGGGUGUACCAGGUCCACUUCUGGGUCACCACUCCGGCACGCUACCAGGUUCUCGUUACCUGGGCGGGGCGACACCUGCCUGGUAGCCCCUUCACCUGUGUCGUUGAGUGAUGAUUGGACCUUAACCUGUCUCGAGUGACGGGUGGACCUUCACUUGGGUCAUUGAGUGACAGGUGACCCUCCACCUGGGUCAUUGAGUGAGAGGUGGACCUCCACCUGGGUCAUUGAGUGACGGGUGAACCUCCACCUGGGUCAUUGAGUGAGAGGUGGACCUCCACCUGGGUCAUUGAGUGAGAGGUGGACCUCCACCUGGGUCAUUGAGUGACGGGUGAACCUCCACCUGGGUCAUUGAGUGAGAGGUGGACCUCCACCUGGGUCAUUGAGUGAGAGGUGGACCUCCACCUGGGUCAUUGAGUGACGGGUGAACCUCCACCUGGGUCAUUGAGUGAGAGGUGGACCUACACUUGGGUCAUUGAGUGACAGGUGACCCUCCACCUGGGUCAUUGAGUGACGGGUGGACCUCCACCUGGGUCAUUGAGUGACAGGUGGACCUCCACCUGGGUCAUUGAGUGACAGGUGGACCUCCACCUGGGUCAUUGAGUGACAAGUGGACCUCCAUCUGGGUCAUUGAGUGACAGGUGGACCUCCACCUGGGUCAUUGAGUGACAAGUGGACCUCCACCUGGGUCAUUGAGUGACAGGUGGACCUUCACUUGGGUCAUUGAGUGACAGGUGGACCUCCACCUGGGUCAUUGAGUGACAGGUGACCCUCCACCUGGGUCAUUGAGUGACGGGUGGACCUCCACCUGGGUCAUUGAGUGACAGGUGGACCUCCACCUGGGUCAUUGAGUGACAGGUGGACCUCCACCUGGGUCAUUGAGUGACAAGUGGACCUCCAUCUGGGUCAUUGAGUGACAGGUGGACCUCCACCUGGGUCAUUGAGUGACAAGUGGACCUCCACCUGGGUCAUUGAGUGACAGGUGGACCUUCACUUGGGUCAUUGAGUGACAGGUGGACCUCCACCUGGGUCAUUGAGUGACAGGUGGACCUUCACUUGGGUCAUUGAGUGACAGGUGGACCUCCACCUGGGUCAUUGAGUGACAGGUGGACCUACACUUGGGUCAUUGAGUGACAGGUGGACCUCCACCUGGGUCAUUGAGUGACAGGUGGACCUCCACCUGGGUCAUUGAGUGACAGGUGGACCUACACUUGGGUCAUUGAGUGACAGGUGGACCUCCACCUGGGUCAUUGAGUGACAGGUGGACCUACACUUGGGUCAUUGAGUGACAGGUGGACCUCCACCUGGGUCAUUGAGUGACAGGUGGACCUCCACCUGGGUCAUUGAGUGACAAGUGGACCUCCACCUGCGUCAUUGAGUGAUAAAUGACUCAUCUGUACUGCUGAGGAGACUAACGGCCAUUUGAUGUAUUCCAUCGAGUGAUUAAUAUAUUCACCUGUGUAAUUAACCAUUCCGCCUCGUUGUCAAGAGACUGGCAUGAAUUUAUGCAAAUUAAAAACAGUAAAAAUGUCCCUCAAAGCGACCACAAUAAAAAAAAUACUUAACAAUGGGCGCUGAAGCAGAAACAACCUCCCCCCCCCCAAAAAAAAAAUAAUAACCGCGUCCCCUUGGCUAGAGCCGGGCCCGAGAACUAGACUCCAGUGUGCAAUGUCGUGGAAACCGAACCAUUAUGGGUGCGCAAUUUUCAAGUAUUCAUUUCAAAGAAUUCCUAUGAUGGAAAAAAAUAGGUUAGUAAUGCCCUAACGCCAUAUACGUAAAGUUACCCGUAUGUCAUCAGUACAUCUUAAUAUCUGUAUCUAUGAACAAUAUUAUUCUAUACUAUUUAUAAUUAAUAAAGUUUAGCGAUGAAUUCUAAGAUUGAUAUCAAGUGUGUCUUCAAUUAAUGUGCAUUACGUAAAAUACUAAAUGGUAAGUGCUUUAUAUUAUAAUGGCUUGAAAAUGUUUUUGCUGUACAUUUGUUUAAUACAAGCAUACACAUGUAUUCACUCAC